CAACUCCAGCCUCAGGGGGGCGCCCCGCCGAUGCGGCCCUGAGGGAAGCGGGGACCCCGGCCCGGCGCCAUCUUCCCGCCGGCCGCCGCGAUGGCCAGCGCGUCGUACCACAUCUCCAGCUUGCUGGAGAAGAUGACCUCCACCGACAAGGACUUCAGGUUUAUGGCCACCAACGACCUGAUGAUGGAACUGCAGAAAGAUUCAAUAAAACUGGAUGAAGACAGCGAGAAAAAAGUGGUGAAGAUGCUUUUGAAGUUGCUGGAGGACAAAAAUGGGGAAGUACAGAACCUCGCUGUCAAGUGUGUUCAUUCUAGAAAUGCAAUUGAAUGGGUCAGUUCACCACAGGGCUCCAGAAAGUCUGGGCCCGCUGGUUGGCAAGGUGAAAGAGUAUCAGGUGGAAACCAUCGUGGAUACACUGUGCACAAACAUGUUGUCAGACAAGGAGCAGCUGCGGGAUAUCUCCAGCAUUGGACUGAAAACAGUCAUCUCUGAGCUGCCACCAACUUCCACAGGUUCCACCAUGACAGCAAACGUGUGCAAAAAGAUCACAGCCCAGCUGACAGGAGCCAUUGGCAAGCAGGAGGAUGUGUCCGUGCAGCUGGAGGCCCUUGACAUCCUGUCAGAUAUGCUGAGCAGACUAGGGGGAACACUCUACUCUUUCCAUUCCUCCAUCCUGAACUGCCUCCUGCCCCAGCUGACAAGCCCCAGGCUGGCAGUACGGAAAAGGGCCAUCAUUGCCUUGGGACAUCUUGUCUUGACCUGCAGCGGAAGCAUCUUCUCAGAGCUCACCGAGCAUUUGCUUGCUGAGCUGAAGAGGAAUGAAUCUACUUCUACUACGAGGACAUACAUUCAGUGUGUUGCUGGCAUCAGCAGGCAGGCUGGACAUCGCAUAGGAGAACAUCUGGAGAAGAUAAUUCCUCUGAUUGUUCAGUACUGUAACGUGGAAGAUGACGAGCUGAGAGAGUAUUGUUUUCAGGCCUUUGAGUCUUUUGUGAGAAGGUGCCCAAAGGAAAUAGACCCUCACAUCCCUAAUGUGAUGGGGUUAUGUUUGAAGUACAUCACCUUUGACCCAAACUACAACUAUGAUAAUGAGGAGGAGGAAGAGAUGAUGGAAACUGAAAAUGGGGAGGAUGAAGAGCAAGAAAGCGAUGAUGAGUACAGUGAUGACGAUGACAUCAGCUGGAAGGUCCGCAGGUCUGCAGCCAAGUGCCUGGAGGCCAUCGUCAGCAGCAGGCACGACCUCCUGCAGGACUUCUACAAAACCCUUUCCCCGGUCUUGAUAAGCAGAUUCAAAGAGAGGGAGGAGAAUGUCAAAGCUGACAUCUUCAGCGCUUACAUCUCCUUGCUGAGACAAACGCUGCCCAUCCAGAGCUGGCUGCAUGCAGCCGAUGCCUCCGGCAAAGAUGAUGUUCCUCUGAGGAUGCUUCGGAACCAGGUCCCCAACAUCGUCAAGGCCUUGCACAAGCAGCUCAAAGAAAAGAGCAUCAAAUCUCGACAGGGUUGUUUCAGCCUCCUGACAGAAUUGGCCAAUGUGCUUCCUGGUUGCCUGGCAGAUCACGUCCCUGCACUCAUCCCUGGAAUUGUUUUCUCCUUGGCCGAUAAAUCCAGCUCCUCCAACAUGAGGAUCGACACACUGUCCUUCCUUCACGUUCUUCUUUGCAACCAUCAGCCGGAGGUAUUCCAUCCUCAUAUCAAAAGCCUGCUACCUCCUGUUGUGACCUGUAUUGGAGACCCCUUUUAUAAGAUCACUUCCGAAGCCCUGCUGGUUACUCAGCAACUUGUGAAAGUUAUCAGGCCGUUGGACAAAUCCUGCACUUUCGAUGCCAAGCCUUACGUGAAGGACCUUUUUCCUGGUACUCUGAAGCGGCUGAAGGCAGCUGACAUCGACCAGGAGGUGAAGGAGCGUGCCAUCUCCUGCAUGGGACAGAUUAUUUACAAUCUGGGAGACCAUUUAAGCACUGAUCUCCAGCCAACCUUGAAGGUAUUUCUAGAGAGGCUCAAAAAUGAAAUCACCAGAUUGACAACAGUCAAGGCAUUAACCUUAAUUGCUAGUUCUCCCCUUAAGAUAGAUUUGAGACCCAUCCUAGGAGAAGGUUUCCCCAUUCUAGCUUCCUUCUUGAGAAAGAAUCAACGUGCCUUGAAGCUGAGCACUCUGACUGCCCUAGACAUCCUGGUGAAGAACUACAGUGACAGCCUCAAGCCUGCCAUGAUAGAGUCUGUCCUGACAGAGCUCCCUGCUUUAAUCACUGAGAAUGACAUGCAUGUUUCCCAGGUGGCUGUCAUGUUCCUUACUACUUUGGCUCAGGUUUAUCCCUCCUGCAUCUCCAAGAUCAGCGGCUCAGUUCUUGCUGAAAUCCUGCAGCUCAUCCAUUCGCCUUUGCUUCAGGGAGGGGCUCUGAACGCCAUCAUAGACUUCUUUCAUGCUCUGGUGCUGACGAAGGCGGCCCCCAUGGGGUACGCGGAGCUGCUGAAGCAGCUAACUGCGCCCGUUUACUGCUCCGGGGCAGCGGCGGCUCCGACAUUACACAAACAGGCCUAUUACUCUGUUGCGAAGUGUGUGGCAGCCCUGUCCUCAGCUUGCCCCAAGGAAGCCCCUGCGACAGUGAACCGGUUUAUCCAGGAUGUAAAGACCCCCAAGUCCAGCUCUGCUGUGAAGGUGCUGGCUUUCCUCUCGCUGGCAGAGAUGGGGCGCACCACCAACCUCAGUGCUCAGCGGGAGCUCAAAACCGUCAUCCUGGAAGCAUUCACGUCCAGCAGCGAAGAGGUGAAAUCCGCCGCUUCCUACGCGCUGGGGAACGUCAGCGUUGGGAAUCUUAAGGAGUAUCUUCCCUUCAUGCUGAAAGAGAUCGGAAGCCAGCCCAAGAGGCAGUACCUCCUGCUGCACUCUCUGAAAGAAGUGAUCAGUGCCUCCCCGGCCGACAGCCUCAAACCCUACGUGGAGGAUAUCUGGGCUCUGCUUUUCAAGCACUGUGAGUGCACAGAGGAGGGGACGCGCAAUGUGGUGGCUGAGUGCUUGGGGAAGCUGACUCUGGUGAAUCCCUCUGAGCUGCUGCCCCGGCUGAAAAACCAGCUGCCAUCAGGCUCUCCCCAUGCCCGGAGCACAGUGGUGACUGCAGUCAAGUUCACAAUUGCAGACCAACCUCAGCCCAUCGAUGCUCUCCUGAAAGGCUGCAUAGGUGACUUCUUAAAAACCCUCCAGGACCCGGACCUGAAUGUUCGACGCGUGGCUUUAGCCUUGUUUAAUUCUGCUGCUCACAACAAACCGUCUCUGAUCCGCGAUCUGCUCCCUGCAGUUCUCCCCAGCCUGUACAACGAAACGAAGGUCCGACGGGAGCUCAUCCGGGAGGUAGAAAUGGGGCCAUUCAAGCACACGGUGGAUGAUGGCCUUGACGUGAGGAAAGCUGCUUUUGAAUGCAUGUACACGCUGCUGGAAAGCUGCCUCGACCGACUGGAUAUCUACGAGUACCUGAACCACGUGGAGGAUGGACUGAAGGAUCACUAUGACAUUCGGAUGCUGACUUUCAUCAUGCUGGCUCGGCUGUCCACGCUCUGCCCCAGCGCCGUGUUGCAGCGGCUUGAGAGGCUGGUUGAGCCACUCCGGGCAACCUGCUCCACAAAGGUUAAAGCUGGUUCUGUGAAGCAGGAGUUUGAGAAGCAGGACGAACUGAAGCGAUCCGCCAUGAGAGCCGUGGCUGCUCUCCUGACCAUCCCUGAAGUAGAGAAAAGCCCAGUGAUGGCUGAGUUUUCAUCUCAGAUCAGAUCCAGUCCUGAAAUGGCGUCGCUCUUUGAGAGCAUUCAGAAGGAUUCUGCCUCCCUCUCCACCUCAGAGUCAAUGGACAUGAGCUAAGGUCUGCCCAUUUACUUCACCACCUUCCUGCCC